AUGACUUACUUUCCAACAUACAACAAAGUUCGUGUUGAAGAUGGAACUAACGUGUUCUAUCGCGAGGCAGGAUCUUCAGAUAAGCCAGUAAUCUUGCUUCUCCACGGAUUUCCUUCAUCGUCUCAUAUGUUCCGGGACCUUAUUCCUGUCCUUGCCCCUCACUUUCGUGUGCUCGCUCCGGACUUACCAGGUUUCGGAUAUACAGAGACUUCAACUCUGUACAAAGUCACAUUUGCAGCCAUUGCCGACACCAUUGAUCAAUUCUUAAGCAAGUUGAAAAUCAACAAGUUUUACGUCUACAUCUUUGACUAUGGUGCUCCCACCGGAUUCAGACUCGCACUCAAGCACCCCGAAAGAGUCAGUGGAAUUGUGACCCAGAAUGGAAAUGCUUAUGUUGAAGGAAUUGAGAACGACUUCUGGCAACCCAUUAGAGAAUACUGGAAAAAAUCCAAGGAUGACCCAACCUUCUUUGAAGCCCUUUCCAAGUUUAUUGAGGAUCCAGCCAAUGUGACCGUUCAGUAUACGGAAGGAGAGCCCAAUGCGUCCGGAAUUGAUCCUCUGUCAUGGACGUUAGAUCAAGCUUUGUUAGCUAGGCCCGGCCAAACAAAACUCCAGGUGGAAUUGUUCCAUGACUACCAGCUGAACGUCGAGUUGUACCCUAAAUUCCAAGAAUACUUGAGAACCAGUAAUGUACCAGUUCUUGUGAUUUGGGGCAAAAACGACAAGAUCUUCCCACCAGUUGGUGCGGAAGCGUACAAGAGGGAUGUGAAGAACCUCGAGUUCCACUAUGUUGACGGAGGUCACUUUGCUCUCGAGUCCCAUUUGAAAGAGAUUUCGAGCAAGAUUAUCGAGGUUUUUAGUCAAAAACACUAG